AUGGAAAAUCGAACCUCUCUUGGCUCAAUCCAGAAAACUAUUUGGGACGGGCGCAUACCACUUGAAAUCGUCUUAGCUCCGUCUGAAAGUCGGACAUUUGACAAGACUGACCCAUAUCUUAUUGCAUAUCCACGCAUCUCAUAUUUCCCCUCGUUGCUCCCAAAGCUGCGAGCUUUCUUUUCAAACUCGCUGAUUUCGCCUGAAGCUCAGUCUCACGAGGGCUGGUUUGAGUUUGAAGGCGUGCCCUUGAAGUGGCACUACCCUGUUGGUCUCUUGUUUGACCUCUAUGCAGGCGCAACCCCUGCCUCCAAAACAGCUAUCGGAGGGGAUGAGUCUUCUGAAAAUGACUCAAAGAUCCCAUGGCGCUUGGUCGUUCACUUCAGCAAUUGGCCCGAUGAGAACCUCGUGCGCCUUGACGCUGAUGGAAUGGUCAUGGGUGAUGCCUUCAUCAACAGUGUGAAGGAGGCUGAUUUCCUGCGCAAUGGCACAGCCAAAGGUAUUAUGAGCCUCUCGAAAGAGGAUUCAUCGGGUCUUUGGAAAGCCGUUGAAGAAGUUGAUCUUCCCUCCUUCCAGCGCAUAUCAAGCAUUUUACUCCCUCAAAUUUCGCAACCUUUUCGCAACGUACCAAUCCGGAUCUUUCUGCCACUCCCACCUGACGACGAGUCUCCAUCGCUCAAAGUUGUUCAAUCGCCACUUCCUCCUUCAAUACCAGCAACGAGCAUGCAGUCCAGCCAAAUGUUGAGUUCACGAUCAAAUCCACACACGCAGCCUCAAACCAUCGGUACUGUUCUACAUACUUUGCUUCCAAAUCUUUUCCCGAGCAGGAGGACUCCUGUUCUCGCAAAGCCUGUACUGCAUGGUGCGGUGAUCCCAAUGUCUGCUCCAAUAGAAGAGGUCGUGCGGAGCUCUGCCUACGGAGAUGGAUGGGCAUACCUAGUUGUUCGAAUGAUGGGAUAG